UGUCGGACUUUUAUCCCAGCUGCCCCCAGCCCAUUGGUGUUGUUGACGUCAACUAUUCUCGAUCCCAUUAAGGAAACCCACAAUACCAUCCAAACAAAACUAACGCCCGUCUCUUUGAUCAGUUUGAAUUCACCUCCUCUAUAAAACCCACCCCAUUCUUCUUCUUCUUACUAUCACCAAAACACAGACAGAUCCCAGAAUUCAGAAGAAAAAAAAUUGUCCUUUUCCUAUUCUUAGGUUCCAAUAGUUGAAGGUUUUUGAUGGUGGGGGAGAAGAGUAAAGGAAAGCGAUGGGGUUGGGCUGUGGGAGCUUUGAUCGCUGUGUUGGUUGCUGUGGCUUUCAGCUCUGCACCCAAGAUUGCUCUCUUUGGUUCCUCUAAUAAGCCCUGUAAUUGUACUCAGGGUGCCAAUAAGUAUAGUGGGAUGGUGGAGGAUUGUUGUUGUGAUUAUGAGACAGUGGAUCGGCUUAACAAGGAAGUUCUGUACCCCUCGCUGCAAGAGCUUGUUAAAACUCCAUUUUUUCGGUAUUUCAAGGUUAAGUUAUGGUGUGACUGCCCUUUCUGGCCUGAUGAUGGUAUGUGCCGUCUGAGAGAUUGCAGUGUGUGUGAAUGUCCAGAUAAUGAAUUCCCUGAAUCGUUUAAGAAACCCAAUCACGGCCUUCCGUUGGAUAAUCUUAUCUGUCAAGAAGGAAAGCCUGAGGCUGCUGUUGACCGCACACUAGAUAGAAAAGGUUUCAGAGGCUGGACAGAAAUAGACAAUCCCUGGACAAAUGACGAUGAGACUGACAAUGCUGAGAUGACCUAUGUGAAUCUUCAACUAAAUCCCGAGCGAUACACUGGGUACACUGGUCCAUCCGCUAGAAGGAUAUGGGAUGCUGUAUACGCAGAGAACUGCCCCAAAUAUCCAUCUGAGGAGUUAUGCGAUGAGGAAAGAAUCUUGUACAAGUUGAUAUCUGGUCUUCAUUCAUCAAUUUCAGUCCACAUUGCUUCAGAUUAUUUACUUGAUGAAACUACACAGACGUGGGGUCCAAAUCUCUCAUUGAUGUAUGAUCGGGUCCUAAGAUACCCUGAUCGUGUCAGAAACAUGUACUUCACAUAUCUCUUCGUUCUUCGAGCUGUAACAAAGGCAGCUGAUUACUUGGAACAUGCUGAAUAUGAUACCGGUAAUGUUACUGAAGAUCUGAAGACACAAUCUCUGACGAGACAGCUACUCUAUAAUCCCAAAUUACAAGCUGCAUGCCCAAUCCCAUUUGAUGAAGCUAAAUUGUGGAAAGGCCAAAGUGGUCCGGAGCUGAAGCUGAAAAUACAGAAACAGUUCAGAAACAUUAGUGCAUUGAUGGAUUGUGUCGGAUGUGAGAAAUGUCGGCUGUGGGGGAAGCUCCAGGUCCUUGGUCUCGGCACUGCACUUAAAAUCCUCUUCUCUGUUGAUGGUCAAGCAAACACUCAUCACAAUCUGCAGUUGCAACGGAAUGAAGUGAUUGCCUUGAUGAACCUGCUCAAUCGGCUCUCAGAAUCCAUCAAGUUUGUUCAGGAAAUGGGACCCUCAGCUGAAAUAGAAGCGCAUGCAUCUGCACCCACUUCAUUAAAUUGCCCAUUGCAAAGGAUGUGGGCGUCAUUGUUUAACAGUCCUGCUCCAAAUUGCCCUCUGCAGAGGAUGUGGAAAUCGAUAUCUAAUAUGCCUCCUCCAAGUUGCCCAUUGCAGAGGAUGUGGAAAUCGAUAUCUAAUACGCCUCCUCCAAGUUGCCCAUUGCAGAGGAUGUGGGCAUCAAUAAAUGGAUAAUCAUCUCUGCAGGUAGGAGGAACAAUGAGUGGUGACACCUCAAAAUAUCACCACAUAUGAGAUUAGACACUAGUUCCCAAUUAAGACAUAGACGUGUAAGAGUAGAAUGAGAAGAUACAGGAGUGUACAACACUUCAAAUAUGUGAACAGUAUGACACCUCAAAUAUGUUAACAGUGUACAACACCUUUUGAGAUUUUGAAAUGUAACCAGCAAUCCAGCUUGAGCU